AUGAUUGGCUCGUGGAAUAUCAAUUCCCAGAACGAGUCUUCUUUGUCAGAAAUAACACAUUGGCUCAAACAUAUGGCCUUCGAGUGCCAACGCGUUAAUCCAUUUGAAGCUGAAAAUUGUCUAUUUGACUCUUCAGACUCGCUUUCGCCAUCUACCCCGGGCGGGUAUUCGCAACAGGAAAAGCUGACCGAAUACGAUAUUCUGUCCGGCAAAGGGUUCUUAUCAAAUGGCGAAGUAGAUUCGCAUCCGGACCUCAUCAUUCUCGGGUUUCAGGAAUGGAAGGCAACUCUUCAUUGGGAAGAUCCCCAAGUAAAAAAGUGGAUUGUCCAAAUUGAAGCUGCAUUAAGCAUUACCUUCAUUCCGAAUCACCUUUCUCGAUAUUGCGUUGUUGGAUCGAUUCAAUGGAUGGGGUUCUUCCUUGUUAUCUUUCAAAGAACAUCCUACCCCAAAGGCAAUUCACUUUCGGUUUCGGUUUGUAGAAGGGCUCAUUUUGGCACCGGUCCUUUGUUUGUCGGAUCGAAAGGGGCGAUUGGGGUCCAGCUCUCUGUGUCCCUUAAAGAUGCAAAUGGCGAUUCUCUCUUUGAGGGCGACAUUUCAGUCAUUAAUGCUCAUUUUUCUGCCAAUCCAAAUAACAUUGCAUCCAGAAGAUCCGAAUAUGAAACGAUAUUCCACAGGCUCUUUUUGCACGGAAAAGGCGAUGAUGCUCUUUCAGAUGCUAGGAUCACUUCCACUUCAAUUGCCUUUUUCUUUGGCGACUUUAAUUAUAGGCUUUCCGAUAAGAACUGUCUUUUUGAUCAGAAUAUGGAGACCACUGCAAGAAACCCAGACGAAACCCAGAUAGAUAUCUCUCCACUUAUUCAAAUGAGCCCAUCUUUGGGGCCUUUUCCCUCGUCAUUUCCGAUUUCCCCAAUUCCGCUGAACGCGGAGAUCAACGGGGGGAGCCACAAAAGUGAGUGGAGAAAUAUUCCCCAAUGGCUGAAGGACAAAAACUGGCCCGCUUUGCUUGCUUUUGAUCAGCUAACCUUUGAUCGGAUCAGCAGGUACUCAUUCUCCGAGUUUGAUGAGGCAAGAAUCACUUUCCCGCCAACUUACAAGUAUAUCCCGGGGUCAAACCAUCUCGACAUCAUCGACAAGUCUGUCCACAUUCCAAGCUGGUGCGAUCGGAUCCUAUAUUACUCUUCUGGCGCAAACACUAUCCAGCCAGAGGUGUACACUUCAACGCCAUUUAUCAUUUCUUCGGACCACAAACCAAUUUUCGGGCUCUAUGCCAUAAGGUCAAAACAGCUCAAGGCUGAGAAAGAAUGUAGAGAGAGCAUAAACCCAGUGGACUCCAGUGUUAGAUUUUUGCAUUUAAGAAUGAAUCGGCUUCUGGAGUACUAUGAGCGGAUAUUGCGGCCUGAUAUGCUCAAUCUCUUCAACGGCUAUGUUUCUAUUCUUAGCAUGGAUGUCUCCAUGGUUUUAGACGGUGGUACUGCACAUAACCCAAACUAUAAAUACAAGUCGGCACUUUUGCUCCAGCUUCUCACUGGCAAGCGACCAAACGCUACACCUUGCAAUGUGUUCAGGGAAGGAACGUCUGAAAUUUUGUUCAAUGGGCUUUCAAGCAACAUUUAUUUGUCGCCUUCGUCUCCCAAUUCUGUCAAAGAUGAAAUGUCUGAUAAUGGUAGAAGAUCAGACAAGGAAAAAAGAGCGCUUCUAUUGACGAAGCUCAAUUUCGCUUCAAAUGCAGCUUCCGGAAAAAAACACGCAAAGAACAUGAUGAGUGCCGAUGAUUACAGAAAAGCCACUUCCUCGCAUUCUGGUCUCAAAAUCAGCUGCUCUUUGCGGAAUGAGGCCGAGUCCUUUGAAUUUCUGGAUAAGCUCCGCGAGUUUUACCUUCCAGAUCCAUCGUUCCAACGUCUUCCCACAAGAAACGGACUGCUGACACAUUCACUGGAUGUUCAUAAAAUUGCACGUGAUGAGAUGCUUGGCGCUUUCACACGCUCGAACUCGUUCAACCCGCUGUCCGAGGAUAUUAUAAAACGUGUCAAGUCCAAAUUACGGCGCAAGCUUAUUGCCAGACACAAAUUUCAUGAGCGGGCCUUUAAAAGCGGCGAUAAUCCUCUCUCGGCAAAAACUACAUACGUUAUAUCGCCCUUAGAUUGCCUCAAGUUUCCCGAUGUCGAAGGCCACUUUGAUGGCCUUUCCGAUCUUUUUUCUGCGCCAAAUGUGAAUCCGUUUUACAUUUAUAUCAGACCGCACUUGAAGGUACAUUUCCCCCUACAAUUGCAAGAGAAAACUCCCGAAACUCUUGUGGCGAUGACAUAUUUUCUUAGCGCCUUUUUUAAUCCAUUCUCAUAUCGUCUACGAGUGCCUUUGGCUCUUCCAAAUAGGGAAGAGAGGUUGGAGCUGCUUCGCCCAACUGGGUUGAAGGCAGGAGCAGCAGCAUUAUCAUAG